AUGGCACUGACGAUGAUAUACAGUGGAAUCAAUGUUGCAAUUCCCAUGUCUCCUACUGGUAGCUAUGUGACAUUGCUAUCAGAGGACAGAAAUAAUUUAAGUACUAGAUUCGUUCAAUAUUGGAGAUUAGACAGUUCAGUUCUGCCCGGAACUAUACGCUUGCAAGAUGGUUUUGAAAUAUUUGUAUUAGAAAAGGAAUUGUUGGCAAUACAGAACAGAUGGAUAGAUAAUGUCAAAGAAAUGAUUAGAAAAUUAUUUAAAACGAUUAUUGAUGGAUCUAAGUUGAAGCUAAUGACACCCACGGGAAGAAGCAACACUGAGAGAAUACCGGAAUGUGUCUACAACGCUGUUUUUCAAUUUGUUAAUGGGAAAGUAACUCCUGAAAAUCAUUGCGGCGACUACAGAAAAGUAAUUACGAAGAUGUGUAAUGGAUUAAGAAACCCGAAAAAACACGAACACUAAGAAUUUCAUUACUUUACAUUAGUUAUUUAUUUCACCUAUUGUUACUAAAAAGAAUAAUAAAGCAUAUUUUUUCCCUAGUCAAUCCAGUUUAUUAAUACAUUGUAAAAAUCCCAGAAAACACACAUACACGCCCUUCUAUCCGCAUGUAGCUCGAACUUAUCCUCAAAUACACGAUCGCACAU